AAAAUGGUGUUUGAUUAUAUUCCAGCAGUAGUAAAAAUAUUCUAGAAAAUAUUGAGUAAUGCUCCAAACCUCCUCAUAUACUCUACCCUCUUGAGGGAAAGCUGGCAUGUCCGUUUAAGGAGAAUGAACUCUAUGUUGGGCGGUGACUGAAGAAGACUGCUCAGUGACCUGAGUCUCAUACAAUUUCUGCAUACAUGAAAUUUUGAUUGAUCUAACCAUCAUUAUUGAAGCUCCGACUCUUGAAUGAAUGUCAAUCCUUUGUGCUAAUUUCCAAAUCCUUUCUCAGCAAUCCCUGUUGGUCGAGUCUGGUAAGGAUGUUCCCCAGCUGCCCACCUCUUUGCCUCGAGAAGAACUAUUUUCCAAUUCUAUAUCUACAGUGCGCUUGUUGAGUUCAUGUACUGCAGAAAGAAACUUGAAAUCGGGUUCCUGCAUUCACGCCAAUGUAAUGAAAUCCGGGCUCCAAAGCAAUGCUUUCGUUAGUAAUUCUCUUUUGCACAUGUACUCAAAAUGCGGGCAAAUUGAAGAUGCUGCACAGUUGUUUGAGCAAAUGCCUGAGAGAACCAUUGUGUCUUGGACCUCAAUGAUAUCUGGUUUCUGCCAGAUUGGGGCAGUUACUGAAGCAGUAUCAAUUUUUUGGCACAUGUUAGAGAGUGUUCAUCCUAAUGAGCACACACUCUCAGUGCUUCUCCAAGCUUGUGCACAGAGAGGUGAUCCAAAUAUGGCUCAGGUUAUCCAUGGAUAUGCAGUAAAGUACGGGUUCAUCACUGAUCAAUUCUUGCAUAAUUCUUUACUAGAUGCUUACUCAAAAUCCAGGUCCUUGGCAGCUGCAGUGAGACUUAUAAAAAAAUCAAGUUGCAGAGAUGUGGUCUCUUGGACUUCAGUUAUUUCAGGUUGUGUAAUCAAUGGAUUAACGUGGGAGGCUCUUACUUUCUUCUUCCAGAUGCAAGAAGAUGGGAUAAUACCGAACAAGAUAACGAUUCUUAGCGUCUUGCAUGCAUGCUCCUUGAUUAAUGAAUGGCGUCUAUUCCAGUGUAUUCAUGGCUUCAUUAUGAAAUUAGAAUUGUUUAACGAUGCUCUUGUAGCGAAUUCUCUAGUUGAGAUGUAUUCUGUGAAUAGGUGCUGUCUUGAAGGUGUAAAAAUCUUUUGUGAGUUUGGUUUUACUGGUGAAGGCAAGUAUCUUAGUCCAGAGACCAUGGCCAAUCUUCUUCAAGGGUGUGGCGACUCUGGUCUUUUGGAACUGGGAGAACAGAUUCAUGGCUACCUGUUCAAACAUGGAUUUUUUCCUUGUACAAUCAUCGAAAACUCUCUCAUCAACAUGUAUGGAGAAAACCUACGGGAUGAUUCUGCAUAUCAACUUUUUAGAGCAAUGAGCAGUCCAGAUAUAGUUUCUUGGAAUACCAUGAUCACAAACCUUGUCAAGAAUGAACGAUCUUACGAAGCAUUAAAGCUUCUUAGUGAGAUCCAUUCAAAAGGUGAAAGUGACAUGAUUUUUCCUGAUCACGUUACCAUGUUAUCAUCAAUUCAAGCUAGUUCAAACUUGGCAUCCAUGCAAAUGGGAUUAGUAAUUCAUGGAUAUACAACCAGGGCAGGCUUGGUUGAUGAUAUUUUCAUUCAAAAUGCUCUAAUAGACAUGUACGGGAAGUUGGGCAGGAUUGAUUUGGCAGAAAAUGUUUUUAAGGAAAUUCCUGAAAAGGAUCUGGGUUCGUGGAAUUCGAUGAUUGCAGCAUUUGGAAUCAAUGGAGAUGGAGUAUCAGCUCUGUGCACUUUCACUGAAUUGAACAAGGUGGGUAUGUGCCAACCAAAUGCUAUAUCAUUCGUUAGCGUUCUUUCUGCCUGUGCUCAUGCAGGAUUGGUAGAUGAAGGUCUUGAAAUAUUCAGCUGCAUGGAGAGAGUUUACAGUGUUGAGCCGAGAAUGGAACAUUUUGGUUGUGUGGUGGAUCUUUUGGGAAGAUCAGGGAGGCUUGAAGAAGCAGAAGCCUUCGUAAGGAGGAUGCCUUUAAGCCCAGGACCAGCAGUGUGGGGUGCAUUGCUGGGCGCUUGUGGGGUAUUCGGCAAUGUGGAAAUAGCUGAGACAGCAGCAGAGAAGCUGUCCAUUUUGGAACCCGAUGGGAAGGUUUGGAGAGUUACGCUGGCGAAUGUUUAUGCACGUGUGGGGAGAUGGAAGGAUGCAGCGAAGGUGAGAGCAGAAAUGAGAGGAUCAGAAGGGCUGCAAAAGGAGGGAGGAUGGAGCAGUGUGGAGGUGAGAGGAGAGAUGUUCAGAUUUAUGGUGGGUGAUACAGGACAUCCAGAGAGUAAAAUGAUUUACAAAGUUGUGGAUGGAAUACAGAAACACAUUGGGGCAGAUCAGAUGCUCUGGCUUUGUAGAAAUGGAGAGUAGAACCCUUGUAAUUUGUAUUGAAUUUUGUUAAAUUUAAUAAAAUUCAAAACCCAAGCCUAUAAAGGGCCAUUGUCUCUUCCAA